AUGGAUCUCGCAGUGACGAAAGAUCGAGUGUUUUUCACAAUAAAUGGGAGAAAGUGUAGCGCGGGUGCCGAGUUCACAGUGGACUUGACCUUGAACCAGUACAUUCGACAAUAUGGAGAGUUCCGCGGCACAAAGUACAUGUGUAAGGAAGGUGGAUGCGGCGCCUGUGUGGUCAACGUCAGAGCGCAUGUGGCUGGCACCCAAGAAUAUUCCACGUUUUCCGUUAACUCUUGCCUUGUUUCCAUCAUGUCUUGCGAUGGUUGGGAUAUAACGACUGUAGAAGGUAUUGGCAAUAGAAAGAUUGGCUACAACAUCAUUCAGAAACGACUCAACCAUUUCUUUGGUUCCCAAUGCGGUUACUGCAGUCCAGGCUUCGUGAUGAGCAUGUACAGCCUCGCACAGGGCAGUGACCGCCACCUAACUGAAGCAGAAAUAGAAAACGCUUUCGGUAGUAACCUUUGUAGGUGUACAGGCUAUCGUCCCAUUUUAGAAGCAUUCAAAUCUUUUGCCGUCCAUCCAGACGCGAAUAUAUUGAAGAAGAUAAAAGAUAUUGAAGAUAUAUCUGAACAAAUAUGCCCGAAAUCCGGUAAAACGUGUGGAGGCACAUGUGGGAUAAAUGAGGAUUGGUGUUUAGUAAAUAUGAAUAAUACAAGUGUUUCGGAUUUACCUAAGAAAAUAUGUCUCGCCGAUGGUCGGUUGUGGUUCGCUGUUAGCGAUAUAAGAUCAAUAUUUGCUGUUUUGGACGAUGUUGGGCAUGAAUCCUAUAUGCUUGUCGCUGGUAACACCGCGAAAGGGGUCCGUCCAAUAUUAUUUUACCCGAAGCUGUUGAUAGACAUAAGUGAUGUUAAGGAAUUGGCGACUCACUACAUAGAUGUGAACUUAGUACUUGGAGCUAACAUGACCUUGACUGACACGAUGCACUUAUUCAAGGAGUUGGCUCAAUCUAAUGAGGAUUUCUGGUACCUACAUAUAUUGUAUGAGCAUUUGGAUAAAGUGGCUCAUAUACCGGUUCGAAAUAUUACGCCGAGGGAACAAAAUGCUCAGGCAGACGUAAAUUCUGGCUUUCUUUUGAAAUUCAACUCUCAUACACAUCUCGUUGAAGAAGCGUCUAUUGUGUACGGUAAUAUUAAUCCAUCAUUCACCCACGCUUAUGAGACGGAGAGGUUUUUAAUUGGACGCAAUAUAUUUAAUAACAAUGUCCUACAAUCUGCUCUGCACAUCUUGGAGCGAGAAAUAGAUCCCAGUAUCCGACCACCGUAUCCACCACCUUGUGUGCGGAAGAAAGUAGCUCUUGGACUUUUCUAUAAGUGCAUUAUAAAACUAUGCCCAAAAGACAUACUGAACCCGAGAUAUAAGUCAGGAGCUACAACCCCCAGUGAUGACAGGCCACCAGUUAGUCGUAGCUAUCAAGAAUAUGACACGGAUAAAAAAGACUAUCCUAUAACACGGCCAUUACUAAAGAAAGAAGGAAUGAUUCAAUGUGCAGGCGAAGCAGAAUAUUGCGACGAUAUACCCACUAUAAAAGAUGAAGUUUUUGCAUCUUUCGUACUGUCUACUGUGGCAAGAGGAGAUAUUGAAAGUAUUGAUAGUUCUGAAGUAAUGAAAGAAGACGGUGUAUUGGCAGUAUUAACAUCUGUAGAUAUACCAGGUGUAAAUAGUAUACUUCGUGAUGAUUUCCUACUGAUGGUCGAAAAUGAAGAACUUUUAGCUAGUACCAAAGUAAAGUUUUAUAAUCAACCAGUAGCCAUCGUUGUUGCAACAUCUCAAGAAUUAGCUGAUAAAAUGGCACAUGUAGUCAAAGUAAAUUAUAAGAAUGUUCUAAGAAGACCACUGAUUUUUACUAUUGAAGAUGCAAUACAUGCACCUAAAGAGGAAAACAGACUUAUUCCUUAUCCGGGAAUAGUACCAACAGAUAGAGGAGCUAAUGUCAGGAAAAUUAUAAAAGGACAAUUUAUUAGUCCGAUGCAGUAUCAUCAUAUGAUGGAGCUUCAUACAACUAUUACAAUACCGGUAGAUGAAGGUUACGACGUUAUAUCGUCAGCUCAGUACCUUGAUAUUACACAAGCAGGAAUCGCUCAACUUUUGAAGAUUCCUGAGAGUUUGAUAACAGUUAAAACAAGAAGAUUAGGAGGUGGUUUUGGUUGCAAGAUCAGCAGAAAUACUUUUGCAGCGUGUGCGACGGCUUUAGUGGCAAAGAAACUUAAUAAGACAUGCAGAAUGUCCAUGUCGAUGACAAAUAUUAUGCGCGCGACCGGAAAGAGACCAAAUAGUAGACUUGAUUAUGAGGUGGGAGUCGAUGACAGAGGCGAAAUUCAAUACAUGGAUGCAGUAUUUUAUGUGAAUGACGGUCAAUCUCGUAAUGAAAAUGAAAAUGAAAAUGCGACAGAAUCUUUGAAAAAUUGUUACGAUUCUCGCAGGUGGAAAUGUGAUUCUUUCGGAGCUAUUACUGAUUCUCCAACAAAUAUAUUUAUGAGAGCCCCUGGUAGUUUUGAAGGAAUAUCUGGAAUAGAACAUAUAAUGGACCAUAUAGCCGAAGAGCUUAACGCAGAUCCGAUAGAAGUACGUAUGGCUAACUAUCGACGAGAAGACAAUGAUUUACCAAAACUAGUACCUAUGUUUCUAGAGAGAAUCAAUUAUAAGGAGCGACUUAAUAAUGUUAAAGAGUUUAAUCAUCUCAAUAGGUGGAAGAAACGGGGAAUAAGGAUGAAUAAUAUAGCAUUCCCAACUGCAUACACUGGCAACUAUGUAGCACUCGUGUCUGUAUAUCAUGGCGAUGGAAGUGUUAUCGUAAAUGUUGGUGGUGUGGAAAUGGGACAAGGAAUUUUUACUAGAAUGGCUCAAGUAGCAGCAGCCCAGUUUGACGUCCCUGUUGAAACUGUAACGGUUUUACCUUGUUAUAACUUUACCACUCCAAAUAAUUUUGCCACAGCUUCUAGUAUAACUAGCGAAUGCUGUGCAUACAGUGUAAUUAGAUGCUGUGACCAGAUCAAAGCGAGACUAGCUCCUUUUAGAGCAGCAAGGCCUACAGCUACGUGGCAAGAAAUUGUGUUUGAAGCUGAUAGGCAAGGAGUACUGCUACAGGCAAAUUACCAAACAAGUCAAAAUGAUCCAAGAUUGGUAAAUUAUUCUAUAUUUGGGAUAGCUGUAUCUGAAGUUGAAGUCGAUAUUUUGACUGGAAGUAAAUGGAUUGUUCGUACAGAUAUAUUUGAAGAUGCAGGUCGUAGUAUAAAUCCAGCUAUAGAUGUUGGCCAGGUGGAAGGAGCAUUUGUUAUGGCCGCGUCCGUGUGGUUAAUUGAAAAUAUUGUUUAUAACGAACAUACUGGAGAGAUAUACAGUGAUCGGACGUGGACUUAUAAAAUUAUGGGAGCUAAAGAUAUUCCAUAUGACUUCCGUGUUUAUUUGAGACGGAAGAGGCCUAAUCCUGUGGGAAUUUUAGGAUCUAAAGCUACCGGUCAACCUCCAAGCUGCCUUGGUCAUGUUGUUGUCAAUUCUUUGAGAGUUGCAGUAAAAUCUUCUCGCAGAGACAGUGGCUAUCAUCCAAAUUUUGUCAAUUUACAAGUCCCAGUGAACAUGGAAAGUCUUGUUGAAGGCGCCGAAGUGAGAAUAGAAGAGUUUCUGCUAUACUAA